AUGUCUUUUUUGUCUUUCUUUCAUUAUUUCAUUCUUUCUUUCUUUCAUUCAUUCACUUCUUUUAUAAUUCAUUUCUAUUGUAUUUUUUGCUUUUCAUUUCUUUUCUCUUUAUUUCUUUUUCUUUUAUUUCUUUUUCCUUCUUUUUUCUUUCCUUCUUCAUUUCCAUUUCUUCUUUUUCUUUUUCUUUCCUUUUUUCUUUUCUUUUUUCUUUCCUUCUUUUUUCUUUUCUUCUUUGUUCUUUUCUUCUUUUUUCUUUACUCAUUUUUCUUUUUUUCCUUCUUUGUUCUUUUCUUUUUUUUCUUUACUUUUUUUCUUUCUUUUUCCUUCUUUUUUCUUUUCUUCUUUUUUCUUUCCUUCUUCAUUUCCAUUUCUUCUUUUUCUUUUUUCUUUCUUUCUUUUUUCUUUUCUUUUUUCUUUCCUUAUUUUUUCUUUCCUUCUUUGUUCUUUUCUUCUUUUUCUUUACUAAUUUUUCUUUCUUUCUUUUUUCUUGUCUUCUUUUUCUUUUCUUUUUUUACUUUACUAAAUUUUUAUCUUCCUUUUUCGUUUUCUUUCUUAAUUCAUUCAUUUAUUCUUUCCUUUUCAUACAUUCAUUCAUUUUUUCUUUUCUUUCUUUCUUUCUUUUCUCAUUAUUCAUGUAUAUUUCUUCUCUCUUUCUUUCUUUUUCUAUUUUUCUUCAUUCUUCCUUUUUUCUUUUCUAUUUGUUUUUUUCUCCUUUUCUCUUUCUUUCUUUCAUUCAAUCAUUGUCUUUCUUUUCAUUUCCUCAAUAUUUCUUUGUCCUUCAUUUCAUUUCUCUUUCUUUCUUUUUCUCUUUCAUAA